AUGUCUAUCUCAGACCUCGAACAUCUGGCACUCUCACCGCAGAGAUUCAUCUGCUAUAUGAGGCGAAACGAAAACUCGGUUGUAUCUCCUUCUCGGACCCAGAUCUUCCUUCCCAAAAAUCCUUUCAAUCCCAACGAGAGGCUAGUCAUUUCCCAGCUGUACCUGUUACCAGGUGGCCGUUUCUUGAUCACCAACACGACUAGUUGUGGAUUGUGUCUCUGGGACCUUGGAAUCAAUGCCGGACAUACCCCGCGAGGUCGUCCCAUGGCCUUUAUAUCACUUGCUUCCCCUGUUUUCCUCGAGGAACCAAAUCCGACAGCCGAUGGAAGAGGCAUACUCUUAUUUUGUAACUCAACAAUCGCGCAAACCCCCCGACAAUUCGUGAUUUAUGAGAUUUACCCAACCGCUGAUAUUCCAGCUUUCGUCCAGAAAGCAGACCUUCGCGUUGGAGACACUGACGUGUGGAAUCCAGAAGCUCAUUCUUGUGCAAUGUUAGGAAACUACAUUGUCUUUGAGACCUCAUUGGAGAAUGACCCGGAGAGAUAUCUUCUCAAUGUUUGGGAUUGGGUCGAUGAUACAGGUUGCAAAUGGGAGACCAAAGGCGGCGCAACGUUCGCCAUGGUUGAAAACACCUUGAUGGCGCUGGUUUGCCUGGCCGACUCCAACGAGUACCAAUUCGCUGUCUAUGACCUACCCGCCAUGCAGCCUCUCGUAGAUGGAUGGAACGUCGUGUCAUGCGUCAACCAUCCUCAGCUUCUGUUGAAUCGUCGUCACUCCAGCUGUGUCGACUACGGCAUUCACGAGGCACGUUCGUGGUCCAUUCCGAGACCCUAUGUCUGCUUGCUGGAUGGCGGAAAUCUACUUUUCGACCCUGAAGACACAGAACCCACCGUCGCACAGUCCCUUCAUGCUGAACUCUACAUGGUAGCACGGAUAACUUCCUUGGGCCCCGCUGGAACGGGAACUUACCAAGGCUCUCGACAAGUACCCUCCUCUGGUGUGCGAAGAGGCACCUUUUCAUCAAAUCGCGGCUACACUUGGACCCUGAACGGACGAUCGGAAUAA